CCGGAAGUGAGGUCGGAGCCGGCGGCUUUCCCGGGAGUUCGGCGUUUGCAGUGUUUGCAGCCGGGUGGACUGUGUAGCUGGCACUGGCGGCGACCUCUUCUCCCCCGGGGUCCACCCCCUCCUGUCCUGGUGGUGUUGUAUCCUAGCUAACUGACCCCGGGGUGAGAGCUGCCACCAUGGGAAAUCAGCUGGCUGGCAUUGCUCCCUCUCAGAUCCUUUCUGUGGAGAGUUACUUCUCAGACAUCCAUGACUUUGAAUAUGAUAAGAGCCUGGGGAGCACACGGUUCUUUAAAGUGGCACGAGCCAAGCACCGAGAGGGCCUGGUGGUGGUGAAGGUGUUUGCCAUUCAGGAUCCCACGUUGCCUUUAACCAGCUAUAAACAGGAGCUGGAGGAGCUGAAAAUCCGCCUGCAUUCCGCUCAGAAUUGUCUGCCCUUCCAGAAAGCUGCAGAGAAGGCUUCGGAGAAGGCAGCCAUGCUUUUCAGGCAGUACGUGCGAGACAACCUCUAUGAUCGCAUCAGCACCCGGCCCUUCCUGAACAACAUCGAGAAGCGGUGGAUCGCUUUCCAGAUCCUGACAGCGGUGGACCAAGCACACAAAUCUGGGGUUCGGCAUGGGGACAUCAAGACUGAGAAUGUCAUGGUCACCAGUUGGAAUUGGGUCCUGCUCACGGAUUUUGCCAGUUUCAAGCCCACUUACCUGCCAGAGGACAACCCUGCAGAUUUCAACUAUUUCUUUGAUACGUCCCGGAGGAGAACUUGCUAUAUUGCUCCUGAACGUUUUGUGGAUGGUGGAUUGUUUGCCACCGAGUUGGAACAUAUGCGAGAUCCUUCAACUCCACUUGUGGACUUAAAUAGCAAUCAGAGAACAAGAGGAGAAUUAAAACGAGCGAUGGAUAUCUUUUCAGCAGGUUGUGUAAUAGCUGAACUUUUUACAGAAGGUGUACCACUAUUUGAUCUCUCCCAACUUUUGGCUUAUAGAAAUGGACAGUUUUUCCCCGAACAAGUGCUAAAUAAAAUUGAAGAUCGCAGUAUCAGAGAAUUGGUAACUCAGAUGAUUCACCGUGAGCCAGAAAAACGUUUGGAAGCAGAAGAUUACCUUAAGCAGCAGCGCGGCAAUGCCUUUCCUGAAAUAUUUUACACUUUCCUCCAGCCCUACAUGGCCCAGUUUGCCAAGGAAACAUUCCUGUCCGCAGACGAGCGUAUUCUGGUAAUACGGAAAGAUCUGGGCAACAUCAUUCACAAUCUCUGUGGACCCGAUCUGCCGGAAAAAGCAGGAGGAGAGCCUAAAGAAAAUGGUCUGGUCAUCUUGGUGUCUGUCAUAACGUCCUGCCUCCAGACCCUUAAAUACUGUGAUUCCAAGCUUGCUGCUUUGGAACUUAUUCUCCAUUUGGCUCCACGACUAAGCGUAGAAAUCCUUUUGGAUCGUAUUACUCCGUAUCUUCUGCAUUUCAGCAAUGAUUCUGUUCCCAGAGUCAGGGCCGAAGCCUUGAGGACAUUGACUAAAGUUCUUGCUCUUGUGAAAGAAGUUCCGCGGAACGACAUCAAUAUCUAUCCGGAAUAUAUUUUGCCAGGCAUAGCCCACUUAGCCCAAGAUGAUGCUACUAUUGUUAGACUAGCCUAUGCAGAAAACAUAGCUCUGCUGGCAGAAACAGCUUUGAGGUUCCUGGAACUAGUACAGUUAAAAAAUAUCAACAUGGAAAAUGACCCAACUAGUGAAGAAAUAGAUGCAGUUACGCAUCCCAAUGGAAAUUAUGACACAGAACUCCAAGCCUUACAUGAAAUGGUCCAGCAGAAAGUUGUCACCUUGUUAAGUGACCCUGAAAAUAUUGUGAAACAAACCUUAAUGGAAAACGGAAUAACAAGGCUGUGUGUAUUUUUUGGCCGCCAGAAAGCCAAUGAUGUUUUAUUAUCUCACAUGAUAACUUUCCUCAACGAUAAGAAUGACUGGCACCUCCGUGGGGCUUUUUUCGAUAGUAUAGUUGGUGUUGCUGCCUAUGUUGGCUGGCAGAGCUCCUCAAUUCUCAAACCUCUGUUGCAACAAGGCCUUAGUGACGCUGAGGAAUUUGUCAUUGUCAAAGCUCUGAAUGCCCUCACCUGUAUGUGCCAGUUAGGGCUGCUACAAAAACCACAUGUGUAUGAGUUUGCCAGUGAUAUUGCUCCCUUCCUGUGCCAUCCCAAUCUCUGGAUACGCUAUGGUGCUGUGGGAUUUAUCACAGUGGUAGCUCAUCAGAUAAGCACCGCUGAUGUCUACUGCAAAUUGAUGCCUUACCUUGACCCAUAUAUCACCCAACCAAUAAUACAGAUCGAAAGAAAACUUGUUCUACUCAGUGUUUUGAAAGAGCCUGUAAGCCGUUCAAUAUUUGAUUAUGCAUUGAGGUCUAAAGAUAUCACCAGCUUGUUCAGGCAUCUUCACAUGCGUCAGAAGAAGCGGAAGGGGUCUCUUCCUGAUUGCCCACCCCCUGAGGACCCUGCCAUAGCACAGCUGCUGAAGAAACUGCUCUCACAGGGAAUGACAGAGGAAGAGGAAGACAAGCUUUUGGCCCUGAAAGACUUCAUGAUGAAAUCAAACAAGGCAAAGGCCAAUAUAGUGGACCAGAGCCACCUCCAUGACUGCAGUCAGAAAGGGGUCAUUGACUUGGCAGCCUUGGGCAUCACUGGGAGACAGGUCGAUCUUGUUAAAACUAAACAGGAACCAGAUGACAAACGAGCGAGAAAACAUGUCAAGCAAGACUCCAAUGUAAAUGAAGAGUGGAAAAGCAUGUUUGGGUCACUGGAGCCACCCAACAUCCCGCAGGCCCUGCCGAAAGGCAGCGACCAGGAGGGGAUGCAGGCAGGAAAGCCGCCUCGCUCAGAGUCCUCCGCUGGCAUCUGUGUCCCUCUGUCAGCCUCGCCGCAGGUUCCGGAAGUGACAGACAUCCAAAGUAGAAAGCCAACCAUACAGGUUUUAAGUAGCACAAUCUUGCCAUCGACUUACCAGAUCCGAAUCACAACCUGCAAAACGGAACUCCAGCAGCUUGUUCACCAAAAGCGGGAGCAAUGUAACGCAGAGAGGAUAGCCAAGCAGAUGAUGGAAAAUGCCGAGUGGGAGAGCAAACCUCCCCCGCCUGGUUGGCGUCCCAAAGGACUGCUGGUUGCACAUCUUCAUGAACACAAAUCUGCUGUGAAUCGAAUUAGAGUCUCUGAUGAACACGCUCUCUUUGCCACGUGUUCAAACGAUGGCACAGUGAAAGUCUGGAACAGUCAGAAAAUGGAGGGGAAGACCACCACCACCAGAUCUGUUCUCACGUACAGCCGGAUCGGGGGUCGGGUCAAGACUCUGACUUUCUGCCAGGGGUCCCACUACUUAGCCAUCGCAUCCGACAAUGGGGCCGUGCAGCUUCUGGCCAUUGAAGCUUCUAAGCUGCCCAAAUCUCCUAAAAUUCAUCCUCUACAAAGCAGAAUUCUCGACCAGAAGGAGGAUGGCUGUGUGGUGGACAUGCACCACUUCAACUCGGGGGCACAGUCCAUCCUGGCCUACGCCACCGUGAACGGCUCCCUCGUAGGCUGGGACCUCAGGUCUUCGAGCAAUGCAUGGACCUUAAAGCAUGAUUUGAAGGCCGGCCUCAUCACCUCCUUUGCUGUGGACAUCCACCAGUGCUGGCUCUGCAUUGGGACAAGCAGUGGCACCAUGGCUUGUUGGGACAUGAGGUUCCAGUUGCCAAUCUCCAGUCACUGCCAUCCGUCCCGAGCUCGAAUCCGGCGCCUCUCCAUGCAUCCUCUGUAUCAGUCCUGGGUGAUUGCAGCUGUCCAGGGCAACAAUGAAGUGUCCAUGUGGGACAUGGAGACGGGCGACAGACGGUUCACGCUCUGGGCCAGCAGUGCCCCGCCACUGUCCGAGUUACAGCCUUCUCCUCACAGUGUCCAUGGUAUCUACUGUAGUCCUGCAGAUGGAAAUCCUAUCCUGCUAACAGCUGGUUCAGACAUGAAAAUCAGGUUUUGGGACUUGGCUUACCCAGAGAGGUCCUAUGUUGUUGCGGGAAGUACUAGUUCACCGUCUGUGUCCUACUACAGGAAAAUAAUUGAAGGCACUGAAGUUGUCCAGGAAAUUCAGAAUAAGCAGAAGGUAGGACCCAGUGAUGACACCCCUCGGAGGGGACCGGAGUCUCUGCCUGUGGGGCAUCAUGACAUCAUCACUGAUGUCGCCACAUUCCAGACGACACAGGGCUUCAUUGUCACUGCAUCUAGAGACGGAAUUGUUAAGGUGUGGAAAUGAAUGCCUUAGUGAUUUGUAUAGUUUGUAUAAAGCUAUAGCGUAACUUGAAACUUAAAACAAAAUGUAUUUUUUAGAUAACAUAAGUGAGAAUGUGUCCAUUUGCUUAUAUUUAAAAUCAUGUUGCUGUUUCAUGAUUGAACAUGUCCCACCCACGGUGGUUAAAGGAAGUUGCACUUAGGGUACUCUUGUAUAUCUCUGCAAGAGGCAGCCAGAUGACAGCGUCUGGGGCUUUCUGACUUUGUGUCAUUGAAACGAGGAAUUGAAAAUGUUAAGACUUGAAGAGCUCUGUUUACUUUGUAUUGAAAAAGAUGCUUGUAAGCUAUUAUAAUAAAGACAUUUUUGCUAUCAAAAAUGCUAUUCAAGCCAGUCAAUAAACUAUAUUGAAACUUCUAACGGGCUUUUUUGGUUGG